AUUGAAGGUCCAGUUUCAAAUGCGCUCAUCCAACAUGCACUGCAAAUUCAUUUACUUGCUGCUGUCGCUGAUGGUCAUCGGCCUGACCCAGGGAUCAUCGCAAUAUUCGCGCGAUGAGAGCAGCGAGGACAACAAGACUCAAUUCAAUUUGGCCUCCACCUUCAGCGGCGACAUCAACAGCAAUCGUCAUCAUGCACGCGCCCAUCUCAAUUCGCAACUCUAUCCAGAUGUCGCACAACAACCGUAUCAACAGCCAAGCGUCGGCUACAUCUCGACUGACAUUGAUCAGCCGUCUGCUCACGAGAACGGCGGCAAUGGUCUUGGCACUCUUGGAGUUGUGCAGCCGAAUCCCGUAUCUAAUCUACCUACGCCGGUUGUUGGCGGAACUCGUCCGCAGCAGCCAGUGGCAAGCAUCUAUCCCGCACUGCCAGUGCCAGGUUAUCCAGCUCAAGGAGUGCCUGGCUAUGCAGCGCUACCACAGCCACCAGUGUCGGGCUAUCCGGGUGCCUUUGGUCAACCGCAAGCAGUUUAUCCCGGCUAUGGAUACCCCGGCGUUUACUUGCCACAAUAUCCAGCAUAUCCCGGCUACCCCGGACAACAGGGCUGGCCUGGCAACAUUCCGGUUGUGACGCAUCCACAAGGUGCACCCACCAGCUACCAGCAUCAACAACAUUAUCAGCCACAAGAUCAUUAUGAUCGCAGCUUUAAGAUGAACACUGAGUACAAGGAAGACGGUGUGCACACAGGACCCUUCGAGGUGCUCAACAAUCACAAUAGGCAGGGCUAUGGCAGCGGAUAUGGAGGCGGCUAUAAUGGUGCCUACAAUAGGCCAGGUUACUGAAAACGAGAAGCUGCAAAAGUUAUGCUAUUCUUAUGGUCAUAAGUUAGGUGUAAGCUUACCCGCUCGAGCAGCGGCAGCUGCUGCUGCUCCUGUCUCCACAAUAAACUUGAUUUCUUCACGCCCAAAAAUACAAACUGAAAGUAAUUAGCAAUGUAGC